AUGUCCUCCCCAUCCCCCUCCAGAGAGGAAGGAGAAGAUAUCACCCUUCCAACAGACCUCUUCACCGAACCCACCGACUUCCGCCCCGCAGACAAACCCGCAACCACGGUCUCACACACCCUCACCACCGCACCCUUCGAGAACCUAACCCUCCGCCUGGUAGGACAUAACCCACUAUGGGGGCACAUGCUCUGGAACGCUGGCAGAGUCGUGAGUACGUAUCUGGAGACGCAUACGGGAUUAGUUUCGGGAAGGCGGGUGUUGGAGUUAGGUGCCGGUGCGGGAUUGCCUAGCCUUGUCUGUGCGCUAAGGGGUGCUGGGGAGGUAGUUGUCACGGACUAUCCGGAUCCAGAGUUGGUGUCUAAUCUUGCGCACAAUGUAUCUACGCUUCCGCAGCCCGUCCAAGGUAGUAUCGUGGCCAAAGGGUACCUCUGGGGACGGGACGUAGCAGAUCUCGGUGACCCAUUCGAUACAUUGAUUCUUAGCGAUCUGCUGUUCAACCAUUCCGAACACCAAGCACUGCUGAGGAGUGUCGGUAGCUGUUUGAAGAAGGCAGCUGAUGCAAGGGCUUUGGUGUUCUUCACGCCCCAUAGGCCUUGGUUGUAUGAGAAGGACUUAGCAUUCUUUGAUGUUGCGAGGGAGGCAGGGUUUGCCGUUGGGAAGGUGCUAGAGGAGGUGUUGAUUGGUCCGAUGUUUGAAGAGGAUCCUGGAGAUCGGGAAUUGAGGAAGACGGUGCUUGGGUAUGAGAUGAGAUGGAAGGAUAUUUCGUGAGGGGAUUAGGGGCUCCUCGGUGUAUCUCGUGGAGGAUCUUUAGACAGUGCGGGGGCGCUCAUCCCGAGAAUAAAACC